AUGGGAAGCACAUGCUUAGCCGGAGAGGUGCCUGCUCCCAGAGUGGAUGUCUGUUCGAGGACAACUCCGAGCCCCAAGAAUCUGAGAUGCCAAAACUGUGCAAAUGAAGCUGUGGUUCACAAGAUUUUGGACAGGGUGCUGUCGAGCUAUGAUGUCCGUCUGCGACCAAAUUUUGGAGGUGCCCCUGUGCCUGUGAAAGUGUCUAUCUAUGUCUCCAGCAUUGAACAGAUUUCAGAAAAGAACAUGGACUAUACAAUCACGAUGUUUUUCCAUCAAACCUGGAAAGACUCACGUUUAGCAUACUACGAGACCAACCUGAACCUGAGCCUGGACUCUCGACUGCAUGAGAUGUUGUGGGUCCCCGACUGCUACUUUCUGAAUAGCAAGAAUGCUUUCUUGCAUGAGGUGACCACGGAAAAUCGCAUGUUUCGGCUUCACCCAGAUGGGACGGUGCGGUAUGGCAUCCGACUCACCGCCACAGCAGCUUGUUCCUUGGAUCUGCGUAAAUUCCCUCUGGACAAGCAGGACUGCAAGCUGGAGGUGGAGAGCUACGGCUACACAGUUGAAGACAUCAUAUUAUUCUGGGAAGACAAUGAGGAUGCUGUCCAGAUGACUGAAGAGCUGCUGAUCCCUCAGUUCACCUUCCUGGGGAGGACAGUUACUAGCAAGGAGGUGUAUUUCUACACAGGUUCCUACAAGCGCCUGAUACUGAAGUUCCAGGUCCAGAGGGAAGUUCAUGGCUACCUAGUGCAGGUCUAUUGGCCCACUGUCCUCACCACGAUUUUCUCCUGGAUAUCGUUUUGGAUGGACUAUGAUUCCUCUGCAGCCAGGGUGACACUUGGCCUGUCUUCAAUGCUUAUCCUGACCACCAUCAACUCCCAUCUGCGGGAUAGACUCCCCCACGUUUCCUAUAUCAAGGCCAUCGACGUCUAUAUCCUGGUGUGCUUGUUCUUUGUGUUCCUGUCCUUGCUGGAGUACGUCUACAUCAACUACCUUUUCUAUAACCGAAGACCUCGGCGUCACAGGCGACGCAGGAGACCCCGACGAAGAGUCGUUGCCCGCUAUCACUACGAGGAAGCGGUGGUGGGAAACGUGCAGGAUGGCCUGAUUAACGUGGAAGAUGGAAUCGGCUCUCUUCCCACCAGCCCAGCUCUGGCCCCCCUGGCAAGCCCAGAAAGCCUCGGUUCUUUGAUGUCCGCCUCAGAGCAGGCCCAGCUGGCCACCUCGGAGAGCCUCAGCCCAGUCACUUCUCUCUCGAGCCAGGCCCAGCUGGCCACUGGAGAAAGCCCAAGUGAGCCCCCCUCCACCUCAGAGCAGGCCCAGCGUAGCUAUAGCAUUCGCUUGAAUGGUUUCCAGACCGAUGACAGUAUUAUCCCUACUGAAAUCCGCAACCGUGCUGAGGCCCACAGGCAUGCUGACACCCAUGACCACGAAGACUCUGAAGAGAGCUUGAGCUCAGAUGAGGGCCAUGGCGCCGGUGGGAAGUCUGUGCUUCACCAAGGUCAAGGAUGUGUGCAGGAAGCAAGCUGUGACCUCGAUGAGAUCCGUAGCUUAUGCGAUGAGAUCAGUAUCAAAGGCAGCUGCCUUGGCUUUGAGGGGCAACUCAAGGGUAAUGCUGACAGUGUCUGGAGUCUUAGUGAUGAGGCGUUCAUGGCCUAUGGCCAAGAGAAGAAUAGUAGCUCAGAGUCUGAGGACAGUUGCCCCCCAAGCCCUGAGUGCUCCUUCAGUGAAGGGUUCUCCUUCAAGGUCUUUACCCCUGACUAUGUCCCUACGGUCGACAGGUGGUCCCGGUUCCUCUUCCCUCUUGCUUUUGGGUUGUUUAACAUCAUUUACUGGGCGUACCAUAUCUACUAGGCUCCAGUGCCCCAGAGCACCAGGGACAUGGGCUGUGCUCCUUCCACAGUUCUUGUGGGUUCUGUUUUUCCCACUUUCCCCUGUUUCUUUUAUUUUGUGAUUAUUUGGGCAGUCUAAUCAGUUACACACUCAAGGUGUGACAUAGUUGGAAAGGACAUGUUCUGGCUUAAAGGGAAGGGAUUGAAAAGUUGUUAGAGGUCACUAGCACAUUGAUUUCCUUCCUGCUGGAAGAGGCUUACCUUUUCAAACACUUCCAACAGCUAAUAAGCAUAGAAAAGCCCCUGGAAGUGUUUGGAGGACCCAGGAGGGAUCUGAAUCUUACCCGUAAAUUUUGGGGAGCAUUUGUAAGUGCCUUUCCCCACUUGUUUUGUUGUAUUUUGAGUGUGAUUUUGUAGGGGAGGAGUUGGGAGGGGAAUGUGAGCAGGUAAGAGCAUGUUUCCAGCAGGGGCUUGCAGGAGGCAGAGCUGAUAUAGGGUUGGAGAUUUCACAGGUUGAUUUGGAGGGAAUUUCUCUUGCCUUUAUUUCUGCUUCAGAAUGUUUGCCAAUGGGGCCUGAACACAUCUAAGUCAGGAGUUAGCUUUCUAUCAGUUGCUGAGUUGAUCAGGAGUCAUAGAGAAGGUACUUGGUGAUUAAGCACCAGAGCUGAGAAAAAUCAGACUUGCUGUUUCACCAUCUGAUCUAAAAUAGCAGAUGAAUAGCUCUUGUGGCUCUACAUACUAAUCCUUUCUACUGGUCUGGUGUCACAAGUUUGCCAACCCGUCACAAUGCUGGACCCUCACAGGAGUCCCGUGAGCCAAGGAAGACAAAGCACAUUGUCCUCAGCGUUCCAAGAUAAAAACAUGCUUGACAACAUGCAGCCAGUGAGUGUAGGGCUGCCCCCACCUGCUCUUCCUUCUCCGUUUCCUCCUCACUCUCUCCCCUGAGCCUUUCCCUCUUCCUCUCCUCCCCUUUGAAAAGGAGGUGCUCCUGCAGAGUUUGCCUGUCAGGCCCCUCACCUGAAGUGUCUCUACAGGAGGAGGGCACUGACCAGCCAGUGAGCUUGAACCAGGAAAAUGGAGAACAUGGGCACCGCCCACCCAGCAGGGCUCCCUGCAGAAGUGGAAUUGGCCUGCACUUGAACUUGCCAACAGCUCCACUUCACUGAUGGAGAUGGUGAGGGAGUGAGCUUUGAUGUUGCCAGAGACUCAACCUAUUAGCCCUUCCUCUCCAUACAGCCUCUUCUGCAGCUGCUUGCUCCUCUCCCCACCCACCCUUUUAACUCUUUUAACUGGGAUUCUACGUUUGUGUUUUUGUGUAUGCCUGGGAUGUGUGUGUAUGUGUACCAUGGCAGCUCUGGGUACACACACAGUCAUUUAAGGAGCUGUACAGCACUAUGUCUAUGGUAUACGUCCACAUGGGUAUGUAUAGACAUGUAUCUGCAGCAAUGUGUGGAAGCAUGUUUGUGUGUGCACCCCAUAAAAGGGUAACUUCUGUAUAUGUGUGCUUGUGUGUACACACAUGGGUGUAUUUUGCAUGCAUAUGUAUCAGUGCAUGUCUGCAUACCUGAUUUGAAUGGGCGUGUAAAGGAAAUACACCUGAAAGCAUGUGUUCCCCAUUGGUGGCCCUUCUAGAACAACCAGAAUUCACCCUCCUCCACACAGUGAACACAUACGCACAUGGCCAUACACAUGUGCAUGCACAGGAGGGUUCCCACAAGUGUUUUUGGAUGACAGCAAAAAGCAAGAGAGAUCUAGAUUGAAGGGAGAGCAGUGGCAGCUUUCUGGGGCUCCCAACACGGAUAUUGACAGGCUGGCUUCCUAGGCCUAAACCUUGGUCAGUUGGCUUGGAUUUCAGUCUCCAGGACCCUGAAGGAGCUUUGAGCUCCAUGAGAGACAAACAGUUCGUCCAUGGUGAAGUCAUCAAGGGAGGUUGGAGCAGGAGAAACAAGAAGAGGGUCAUCAGAUUUGUCUGGCAGCAGGAAGACUUCUCAGCACUGAGGAAGGGCAGAGAGGCCAGUUGUGAACACCCCUGUAGAUACAUGUAGCUCAACCUAGUCAGCAGCCCUCAGAACUGGUUCCUUGCCCUAAUAUGCUACAAUGAGAAGUGUGAACUGUCCUGCCACUCGUGCUCUGUGAGGUUCAAUGUCAAGGUGAGGUGGAGGCUUGGCCAUGACACCUUUUCAGGAACUUGAAGCAUGGGUGUGGUCGUUUUGACUGGAAAGUUGCCAGAUCUCCCCUUGCCAUGCUGCUGUGGUCUUUAGUCUGUAUCCUUGUACAGUGCCUUUGCAGAGGUAACAGACAAUCUGUUGGAUCUUCACAGCUUGUCAGAUGUGUUCUUACAAUUCAUAUUAUCUUGUUAAUAGCAAGGCUGCAAAAUCAUCACGUAUUAGAGCUGAGUUUUGCUGAGAGUGUGGCCAUUCCUAAGGAGGAAUUUCCGUGUUCUGUAAAUACAAGAGCUAACCCUUUGAGCUGUUAACUAAUGAAUGCAACCCACCUGCAUGGUAGUCCACUUGUGGUGAUGAGCAGUGACUUUCUAGGUAUUCCACUAUCCAACAUCAAAGGAAAUUGUGUCUUGUCCUACAAAAAGUGUAGUGCAUUCGUGUUUGUGGUAGUGUCCUGUGAUCAAUAUGAAAAUCUGUAUUAUCAGUGUUGGGUUUUCAGGGGAGGGAGGGGUAAGGGUGUUAACGUGUAUCCUCAAUAUGCUUAAACUAUGAAGUAGCCCCAGUUCAGAGUCACCUCUGUUGACUCAAUUUGUGUGAGACUUUGCUCCCACCAUCUUGCCAGACUGCAUUCCUGGGGUCAGUAGUCAGCAGCAGAGCUGGUGCCUGAGUUCAGCACAACUGAACAUGGGGCCCAACAUCACAAAGUGCCAGGGAAUUCUUCGGAAGUCAGCCAAGCCAGUGACAUUCUGGAAGCAGAUGACAUCCAGUCAAAUCACACACAUGCAGGUCUUCAGUGAAAACCAAGAAAAGAGGAGAACCAAGACUCAGGGAUCUGGACAGCCUGACCCGCAAGGCACAGAGGGCCCCAAAGGGCACAGAGCAGCAGCGCCUCGCAAGGUGACUGGGCACCCCAUUUUUUCUCUUUAAAUGUACAUUUUUGCAUGAUAAAGACCUUGACAGGUCCUGACUUCAAAAAAAGUAAAACAUGAAGAAACAUAAAAUUAUGUUUCUGAAAAAUGUAAGUAGCGUAC